GACCACCAAUAUGCCAAUUAAAGUGUAAUAUUUAAUUGAGGCCAUGGAGGAAGGGAGGAGCCACGAUACCAUGGACCCGGAAUUGUGGAAGGCAGCAACCUCCGGAGAUACAACAUUCAUUGAAGGAGUUAUUCGAACAGACAAGAUGCGCCUUGGCAAGGCUACCAUCGAUGGCAACUCGGCGCUGCACAUCGCCGCAAAGCACGGCUAUGUGGAGAUCGCCAGGAAAGUGAGCGAGCUAGAGGAGCCUUCCCUCCUCCAGCUGCCCAACGAGAGCGGAGAUACGCCCCUGCACUUGGCGUCGGCCGCCGGCCAUCUCGAUAUAGUGAAUCUUUUCAUCGAGCGACAUGAGCGACUUAGGCAGCACCACCGGCCGUCAUCUGGUGGUGUUGAGGAAGACGGGAUGCCGAUGGACAACGAAAUCGGGAACACCGCCCGACAUGCGGCAACCAUCGGUGGCCAUGUCUCUGUUGUGGAACGGCUUCCGUGUGCCGCUCCCGAGAGUGUGCCCCCUGGGAUCCUCAAGGAGCGCCAUCGGCCGUCAUCUGAUGGUGUUGAGAAAGACGGGAUGCCGAUGGACAGCGAAAUCGGGAACACCGACCUAAAUGCGGCAACCAUCCGUGGCCAUGUCUCUGUUGUGGAACGGCGGUUUCCUUUGGUCAAGCUUGUGCACCGUCGGAUGAUGCGCAAGAAGCCCCCUCGGCCACCAUCUGAUGGUGUUGAGAAAGACGGGAUGCUGAUGGACAACAAGAUCGGGAACACCGCCCUACAUGCGGCGAUCAUAGGUGGCCAUGUCUCUGUUGUGGAACGGCUUCUGUCGUCGGCUCCCAAACUGGUGACCAUGACCAACCGAUAUUGCGUUUCUGCGCUCUACAUGGCGGCCGAGAGGGAUUUGCCAGAUAUUGUGGAGAAAAUACUGGCAGUCUCCGACGAAGAAGUCUCGCACGAAGGGCCUCGUGAUCAGACGGCACUACACGCUGCUGUACUUAGAAGCCACAAAAUAACAAAUAUGAUACUAGACAAGAAUAUUCCUUCGUGUCUGAGACAUCAAGAUGAAGACUCCAAAAGCACUCCGCUUCACUUUGCAGCGGCCCAGGGAGAUGUUGCCAUGCUGCGGUUGCUUCUGGAACGAGAUGCCACUGCAGGUUACAUGAAGGACGAACAUGGUUUCGCCAUCAUCCACAUCGCAGCAAGUGUAGGCGACCGGAACAUGAUCGAGGAGAUUUUGGUGCGUUGCCCUGAUGCCUUGGAACAGAAGAACAACAAAGGACGCAACUUUGUUCAUGUGGCCGUCAAGAAGAAGAAUCUAAAUGUGGUGGAGUACGUUCUCAAUUCUUCUCCCUCGGCCAAAGAGCUCCUCAAUGAACAAGAUCGUGUAGGAAACACGCCUUUGCAUCUUGCGGUUCUUGCAAAAGACCAGAAGAUGAUUCGAGUGUUGUUAAGCAGUCGAAUCGCGAACUCUGCCCUCAUGAACAGCUCAGGUUUCACACCGGUCGACCUUGCUUCCUUGAAUUUCAGAACAGGAGUCAGCCUUCGGAUGUAUAACAUUAUGACAGAUUUAAUCUCAUACGGUUCGCGUUUCAGUCCGCAACGAGUCGAUCACAUAAGAAACCACAUGCGGAAAAGUCAAGAUGAAGAAAUAGAUCGGUAUCGAGCAUUGACCAACAAUCUUGCUAUCGUUGCUGUGCUCAUCGCAACAGUCACCUUCGCAGCUGCAUUCACCUUACCAGGAGGAUACAGGAACGAUUCUGGAUCAGAUGAAGGGAUGGCCAUUCUAUCGAGCAGAGCUGCCUUCAAGGCAUUCUUGAUCUCAGACACCUUAGCCAUGGCUAGCUCCAUCACAGUAGCACUCGUACUGAUAUAUUCUGGUUCUCUAGAUCAUGAUGUCCGGUUGCAGUCCCUUAUGACUGCAAUGAAGUUAGUGUGGGUUGCAGUUGGCUCCCUCAGUGUGGCAUUUGCUACCGGCGUGUACUCUGUCGUUGGGCCCGACUCUGAGUGGGUUGCAAUUCUUGUGAUCCUAAUAGUUUGCAGUCCGCCAUUGGUUGCCAUUCUCGUUGCUUAUCGGCAUUCCUCGGGCUACUUAAAGAUGAAGUUAGGUUACUCGUUGGGUCAGAAGAGGGUUAACCGAGAUCCUGCUACAGGUGGGAAUUCUAAGUCAGUGCAUUUGAGGAUAUUACAACGGGAAUUUAUUAGAUCUCAGACCUUUGAUCACAUGAAAUUUACAACACCCCACAACUCACAGCCGGCCCAAGCACUUUCGCCAUCAGCUUCGCAAAUACCUUCAGCUUCGCCAUCAUCUUCGCAAAUACUUUCGCUACCACCUUCGCCAACAACCAUUAGGAACUCCCCAAUCUAAUACUUUCGCUACCACCUUCGCCAACAACCAUUAGGAACUUCCCAAUCUAAUGACAAUAAUGGAAAAUAAUCUCUAAUUGAUUUCAAUCAAUUGAGAUUUAUUAUAUUUGACAUCACAAUCCAUAUCGAUAUUAAUCAAAUAGUAAAAAAUAAUAUUUUCAAGUCUAUUAUAUUACUAUGUUUACGAUUGUAUGUCAUAUUUAGUCUUUCCUUUAUGGUUUUAGACAACUUGUAUAAAUAAAUCUAUUGGCUUUUAAUAAUAAUAUAAUCAAAAAGUUUUAUAUUAUUUAUUUCCUCUAUUUAUUAUUUUCUACAUGGUAUCAAAGCCAUGAUCCUUCAUUUCUUCUCCAUCUGCUUUCUCCAUCUUCUUUAAUUUCUUCUGCUCACAAUCAUAGCAGCUUUGUUUAGCUCUUCUUCAGGGUCGGCACUAGGGGGACCGCUAAGGUAGCGGAUCUACCUUUUUUUUGUUUAGCUCUUCUUCAUAUCCUUCUCUAUCUCCAGCAAAUAGCCCUCUACCUUCUAGAUUUCUUCCAAAGUCUCUUUGUCGUUCUUUGUCAAUUUCGACGCCGACAUCCUUUGUUGCUAAUUUCGGCACCGACAUCCUUUGUUGCCGAUUUCGGUGUCGACGUUCUUUGCUGCUGAUUUCGGCGCUGACGUCCUUUGCUGCCAUUUUUGGCACCGACAAUCCGGGGGUUCCAUCACCGCUACUUUUCAUCCAUUUCGAUGUCAGAUACUCAACGACAUCAAGGUGGCCAAAAGUAAAGUUUAGACCGAUGUCAAACUUGUCAUAUCGUUGGUCAUACUGGUAUUCAUUGCUCUAGAAGAUUUGAUUGGUCUUAUAGUCAGAGAAAAUGUCAAAUUUGUCUCAGAACUGGGCAUAUUCGUAUUCAAUGUUCUAAAAGAUUUGACUCAAAUUUUGCUGGUGGUCCUGCAGCAUUGAGACAACCAACUAUUUCAUAAGGAGAGCAUGCAUCUUCAAAUCGACCACCACCUUCUUGGCAUUCUACAGCCCAGUCAUCUCAUUCUGGAGCAUUAUAUUCUCAUAUUCUAUCUCUCCAAGUAUAGUUUCAUCGACUCUUGAGAACCCAAGAUGACAUCCAGAUUCUGGAGCAACUCAUCAUGUUACACUGGAGUAUAAUAUUCUCAUAGAAGCUUCACCUUAUGAUGGACCCGACAUGGUACAAAUAGGUAAUGACUCAGGUUUGUAAAUUACUCACAUUGGGAAUACAUCUUUUUACUCAUGUGAUCGAACUUUUCGUAUGCACAACACUCUUCAUGUUCCUUCUAUCACCAAAAAAUUACUUUCUGUGCGUCAAUUUGCUCUUGAUAAUAAUGUGUUCUUUGAAUUUCAUCCUCAUCAUUGUCUUGUGAAGGAUCUCACAACAAGAAAUAUUCUACUCCGAGGAAAUAUUAAAGACGGUCUUUAUUAUCUUCAGCCCACCUAUACUAAUGCGUUUGUUGGAGAACGCACUGAUAAAUUUUCUUGGCACGCACGUCUUGGUCAUCUGUCUCUACAUGUUGUUCAGAAUAUCAUUGACCAGUAUGGUUUUCCAAUUUCUAUAGUCUCCUCUUCUCAUUUAUGUGAAGCUUGCAUGAAAGCAAAAUCUCAUAAAUUACCUUUUGUGUCUUCUUCUUGCACUUCUAGUUUUCCUUUAGAAAUUAUUCACUCUAAUGUGUGGGGUCCUGCUCCUAUUCUAUCUAAUCAAGGUUUUCUUUAUUAUGUUAUUUUUAUUAACAAUUUCAGCAAGUUUACUUAAUUGGAUUUUUCCUAUAAAAAGAAAGUCUGAUCUCUUUGAUAUUUUUUACCCUUUUAAAAACAAGUUGAGCGCUAUUUUGAUCGUAAAAUCCUCUCCCUUCAUUUUGAUUGGGGUGGAGAGUAUCAAGCGCUUCAUCGUCAUCUUACUUCCUCUGGCAUCAUCCAUCGAGUCUCUUGUCCCCAUACUCCUGAACAAAAUGGAUUCGUCGAAAGAAAACAUCAUCAUAUGGUUGAAACUGUCUUAGCUCUUCUUAAUCAUGCCUCGGUUCCACUUAAAUUUUAGGAUGAUGUCGUCCAAACCACAGUAUACCUUAUCAAUCGUUUACCCACUCCACUACUUCAAAAUAAGUGUCCCUUGGAAAGACUUUAUAAUUGUCUUCCAGAUUACUCUCUCUUUCGUAUCUUUGCACUACAAGAAAAAUCCUCAUAGACAUCGGUGGACACAACAGCGGUUUUAAGCAAAUUUCGAUGUCUUUGAGUAUUUUACAU